UCCGCCGCAUCUUGACAUCGGGCUGUUUUCUAUGGAAACUUACUGGUGGUAAUUUUGUCGUUGUUUAAGGCUAAUCGAACUAGUGCAUAAUGUUCCUCAUUCGCUAGCUACUUUACAACUAAUGAUGACUACUUUCUAUCAGCUCGGUGAGGCAUAGUGUUAGAGUGUUUAUGCGGUCCGGGUUCAUCUGUAAGCAAUAUAAGAAGAACAAAGCUUCGCCUAAGCGAAUAAGCCAAGUCUGGCGAGACUGCUGCAUAGGCCGCAAUGAACUCACAAUGAAAUACGCCCCUUUCAAUAUAGGUGUGACCUAUCGUAAUUGUGGGAACGCAGAUGUUUAGCCUAUGCUAUAAUGCUGGCCGAUGAGAUUGAACAGCUAGUUACCGAGCUGCUUCAGGAACAAGCUAGUGACGCAGAUACUCACAAUGAGGCACGACCGUCCUUAAAGGACCAUUUCAGUCGAGAGAGCGGGAAAUGCGCUCCGGCAUAUCUGGGCGGGUCUUUUCUCAAAGCGGGUAUUUCUCGAACGGGCGUCAUUCGCGCAUGUUCCCGGCUCCGUUGUGCUUCCUGUGAUAUCACUGUUGCUGCCUUCUCAGAUUUACGAUGGCAGCCUGAUAUGGACUAUUUGUUCCUUCGUAACCAUGCACCGGGGGAGGCUUUACGAAAAAAACUUGCGCCUGCCCCUGGGGCUCGCGCAUACGCUUGCCAGUGCCGAUGGGUGUCCCUUAACGGUGGUCAAGCGGUCACACCAGCUUCUCUAGGCUUUCGAUGGUUUUGCGUCGAUGGUGAACAUUGUGAAUUUUAAGGGCUACGUUAACACCUAACCUCUAAGUAAUUUUUUUCUGAAUUCAGUUCAGUAGCUUCUAUACAUGAAUGACUUAUGUACCGUGCUCAGGUGCAAAAAGACUAUCUACGUAUAAAUUCUAAUGAAAACAGCGAAUAUUAAACGCAUGUUAGAUGUAUAUGAAAUCGGCAUUAUUGGUCUGUGUAAAUAAAAUUAUCUGAAUAAGAUUAAAACUUCAGUCUUAACUUUAAAAAGAACUAGGCUUCUUUAGUACAAAGCAACCUUCA